AUGUGCGAUGUUACCGGACGGGACAUGCUCUUCAUGGCCGUCACGUCCAUGAAGCACUGCGGCACGUGGGACGUCGUCGCCACCAUGUUCGCUGCAGCCUCGCCUACGUUCUCGAAGCGGGUCAUCACCUUCCUCGUGGUCAUCCAUCCGCACCUCAAGACCAAGUACAUCGACAAUGUUGGCGCCAAGUGGCUCAUGGAGCAGCUCAACUCGACGGGCCAGCGCUUCGCCAACUUUCCGACAGCGCUCUACGCUGUGGACGUGACCUUCCAAAAGACCAAUGCAUCGGCGGGGACAUUCAGCGAGAAGAUGUACUACAUCAAGAAGCACGGUCAUUAUGGGCUGAAGGUCGAAGCGAGCGUCGUACCCACUGGAUUUGCCAUCAACGUCACGGAAGCUGUGCCCGGGAGCGUCGCCGACAUCAGCAUCUUCGAGGCCAACGAGGCCUUCCACGCGGACAAGAUGCGCAAGACCGAUGCCGAAUGCGACAUGCCCGAUGCCGGCCCUAUGCUCUACGACUGGGCCAUUUUGGCAGACAAGGGGUACCAAGGGCUCCACCGUCGCAUGCGUGCCAUCACCCCGGCGAAACGGCCCCCUGGCGGCUUGCUCACUAUGAGCGACAUGGAGUACAACGACAACAUUGCUACCGACCGCGUGAUCGUUGAGAACUACUUCGGUCGUUUGAAGACGCUGUGGGCGAUCGUAAACGAGUCCUACACGUGGAAGCGAGAGAACUACGAUCUCUACCUUCAAACUUGUGUUGCGUUGACUAAUUCUCACAUUCGUUUUUCUCCCUUGUGGGUCGACGACAGCCAUGAACGCAACCGGUAUUUGAACGCCCUCAUGUCUUCGAGUGAAAAGAAGAAAGCCAAGCGUGUCGUUGCAGUUAAAAAACAUCGCGAGAAGCGCAAGUUGCGUUUGGGCACGUUUUUGCCGAGUGGUGAAAAUGCCUACUUCGAUUCGGACACUGAAUUUUACCCAAGUGGUGACGAUAGUGGAAUUUUUGAAUAG